AUGUUAUCAUCCUCAUCUUCCACUGCUCCACCAUCAAAGGACAAUACUGAUCAGUGUACUCCUUCGAGCGAAGAAAUUAAUGCCUGUAAAGAAAUGAUGAUCAAACAAUUAACGGAGGAAUAUUCCUUGCCAGAUAUUGUUGAAGAAUUGAAGAGGACCAAGUUGAGGCUUGUUUAUUGUUUAUAUGAAUUUUUGAUUAAUUCCAAUCGAUUACAUCAAAGUAUGAGAUAUCCAAAUUUAUUUGUCUAUCCACAUAUCGGAAAUGAUGAACCUUAUUAUGAUGUUAAUUAUCAUAAUUAUGAAUUGAAAUAUGAUUAUAGUAUUUAUAGUGAUAUUCAAUUGAGAUUGGAAUCUUAUUUUGAAGAUAUUAAAUCGGAAUUUAUUAACAAUUAUUUAAAUAUUGAUGAUUUGAAUAUUGAUAAUAUUAAAAGUAGUGUUACUGGACAGUGGAAUGCUAUUUAUUUGGUCAAUCAAGGAAAGAUUGAUGAACAAAUUUGUAAAUUAUUUCCAAACACAACAAAUAUUAUUGAAGAUAUUUUAGGAUUUAAUGAUAGAAUUUGUAGAUUAAAUAUUGGAUAUGUCUAUUUCAGUAUUAUUCAUAAGGGUACUCAUAUUAAACCGCAUUGUGGUGUAUCAAAUAUUAAAUUGAGAAUUCAAUUACCUUUAAUUGUAAAUGAUCAUGUCACUAUGAAAGUUAAAAAUGUAGAAAGACAAUAUAAUGAAGGUGAAAUAAUUAUUCUCGACGAUAGUUUCGUUCAUGAAGUAAUCUACAAGGAUGCCAAUGACAAUCUAAUCCUCGAUCAGGAUGAGCAAUUAUUCUCCUCCACCAACAAUGAAAAUAUAGAACUCGAUGAACCAAAAGAACUAUCUAGUGAAGAAAUCAAACAAAAAAGAAGAGAAGAAUUGAGUGAUAUUCGAGUUGUCCUUUUAAUUGACAUUAACCAUCCAGACCUCACCAAGGAAGAACUUGACCUCAUUCAAGUCUUUUUCGCUCAACUCGAUGGUUCCAACCAAAAUUAA